AUGUCUACAUCAUUUCUACAAAAAAUAGAAAUAGAUUGUGAGAAAGAAAAAUCUGCUUGUGACUACUUUCUCUGGACAAUGAAGUGCCCAGAAAGAUAUGAGUUGACUUUAACGGACACUGUAACGGUUUACAAAGGAUGGGUUACUAAUGAAAUCAUAAGUUCCAUAGCAAAAGAUAUGAAAAUGUCAGAAGAAGAUAUUAAGGUAUAUGCUGACAGUGCAUUUACUUUUAACAAGUAUGGUGAUUACCAGUUUGUUUAUUCAUUAAAUGUGAAACCUGCUCCUAUGCUCACAUGGAAAAAGUUUUUACAACAAGAUAAAAUCAAAGUCACUUUGGGGUCUAUACCCCUAAUACUAAUAGAAAACAAACUAGCGGUUUCUUCCUUGUUGACAUUUGUAGCAGAAGAAAUGAUGAGCAAUCACAAAAUAAUAAACAGUCUACAGGAAGCAGAACUUCGUUUGAGAAAAGAGAGAAAAGAAGCACUUGUACAACUAGAAAAAGCAGUCGCAUGUAAGUGUCAGAUAGAAGAGGAAUUGUUUGCAAAGUUUGUUGUUCUCUUAAAUGGAAAGAAAGAAAAAUUACAAGAACUUUUACAAACUUGCAGUAUAGGAAAUUCUAUUCAAGAUGAUAGGUCAGCAUCAAUGCAACAAAUGACUGCUGGUAACUGUGAUGAAAUUGAAAGUGAUUAUAAUGAUACUGAUGAAAAAAAUCAUGUAACUAGAUCAAACAAACAAAAGUUUGUGGGAAAAAAUUGUGCAGCUGAUGGUGACUUUUUGGAUGUUGCUAUACCUACAUCAUCAUCAUUUCGACACAGACCAAAGCAACAUGGAAGGUUUGUUACAAGUGAUGAACCAAGUGUAUCUGUUCCAAAGAUUCCAAAAAGAGCAAGUCCUGAGUCUUUAAAUUCUGCUGCUCAACAGUCGUCAGAGGAAGUUGAUACCAUCGAUUUUAUGGACAAUUUAUGA